AUGGAGCAUUUGCUGAAGGAGUUUCUUUGCCUUUCACUGUGCAGAGAAAAAGAUGCUGAGGCUUGGACCUACUUCAUGAGGAGAGAGUUGCAGGAAAUUGUACCUAGCUUAUUUCUUGGUCCAUAUUCUUCUGCUGCAAAAAAUAAGCUCCCUGAGCUGAAGAAACUUGGAAUAACCCAUGUCAUAUGCAUAAGGGAAAGCCUUGAAGCCAAAUUUAUAAAACCUAAAUUUCCUCAAUUCUUGAGAUAUUUAGUCUUGGAGAUUGCAGAUAAUCCACUUGAAAACAUUGUAUGCUUUUUCCCUAUGAGUAAAGAAUUUAUUGAUGCAAGUUUGCAAUCAGGAAGAAAAGUACUUGUCCAUGGAAAUGUCGGGAUUUCCAGAAGCACUUCUUUGGUUAUUGCAUAUGUUAUGGAAACAUUUAGAAUGAAGUUAAAUGAUGCAUUUACUCUAGUGAAGAGAAAAAGUUUCUGUGUUCAUCCUAAUGCUGGAUUUCUCUGCCAGCUUCAAGAAUAUGAAGCCAUUUGUCUUGCAAAAUUAACUGUCCAGCUAUCACCAUUGAAACUGGAAAAAGCAACAUCUUUUCAAGCUAAUACUAGUGGCAACUUGAAGCAAAGGCAUGAAAAAGAAGAGGAACCUGGAGCUAAACACUAUAGACACCAUAGAUUGUAUGAUAUUUCAUCAGAGCAGCAUUAUAAGUAUUAA